AUGGAGGUCACUACUAGUGCAAGAUUUUUAUUUGCAGGAGUUUUGUUUACGUGGGUUCUCAGUGUUGGAUGUGAAAAAGUGACUGACAAUGUAAUGCCUUGUGAAUUCCCAGCAAUUUUCAAUUUUGGCGAUUCAAAUUCGGACACUGGUGCUAUUUCAGCUGCAUUUUACCCAAGGCCUCCUCCCAAUGGAGUAACUUUCUUCCAUGAUCCUGCCGGGAGAGUUUGUGAUGGCCGCUUGGUCAUUGAUUUCAUUGCGAAGUACCUUGGAUUGCCGUACUUGAGCCCGUACUUGGAUUCAUUUGGGACCAAUUUCAGGCAUGGUGCAAACUUUGCUACAGGGGGAGCGACUAUUAGGCGGGCGAAUGAUUCGCUGUUCGUGUCUGGUAUUAGCCCGUUUCCGCUUGAUAUCCAAACCGUGCAAUACUCCAACUUCAAGAACCGCACCACCAAGCUUUACUCCCAAGGCAGGAGAAGCGCGAACAGAAAAAACUUUCCAAGACCAGAGGAGUUCUCAAAGUCACUCUUCGUGAUUGAUAUCGGGCAAAAUGAUCUUUCUGCAAUUUUCCGAAAUACGUCCAAGGAAAAAGUUCAAUCCGCAAUCCCCGAUAUGAUCAACCAGUUCGGUGUGGACGUCCAAUUUCUAUACCAACAAGGAGCAAGGACAUUCUGGAUACAUAACACGGGUCCCAUUGGUUGCUUGCCGUCAACCCUGUUCGACAUCCAUAAUCCAGUCCCUGGCUUUCUUGAUGGCAAUGGUUGUGUCAAGUCUCAAAACGACGUGGCAAAAGAGUUUAAUAGGCAGCUGAAGGAGAGAGUGAACAAACUAAAGACAGAGCUUCCUCUCGCUGCAAUAACAUAUGUGGACAUGUAUGCUGCAAAGUAUAGUUUGAUCAGCGAUGCAAAGAAGCAAGGAUUUUUUGAAAAUUUGAAUAUCUGUUGCGGUUCUUACAAGGAUGGCAUUCGUUUUUAUUGUGGGAAUAAUUUACUAAAGAACGGAACUCAGAUUUUUAUUGGUGCCUGCAAAGAUCCUUCCCUGCAUAUUAGUUGGGAUGGUAUACACUAUACGGAGGCUGCAAAUCGCUGGAUCGCUAACCAGAUAAUAAGCGGUUACUUCUCCGACACAAAGAUUCCGAUUACACAUGCAUGUUAUAGAUAGGCAUUAGACUUCACAUCCAUCUUGUGAUUUCAACACUCAAAUUAAGAUUGACAAUCAAUGUACACAAUAAUUUAACUUGGUCUCAAAAUUACCUUUCACAUUGAAGGGAGACCUUUGAA